CACAAUUACUAGUCGACGGGAUUGCAUCACUACACGUGAAGUGGUACAGGCAUUCGGCUCGUUUCCGGUCGUGCACAUCGGUGCUUUUUUUUCAUAAUUUAUUAUUGUAAUAUUGGAAAAGUUGGUGGUCAAUUGCAUUGCGUCAGAAUACAGCCAAAAUGUUGGGAGCUUCGAAAUCGUUCAUCCGCAACUGCAACGGACUUGCUCAGGAUCUUGGAAGACGAAGGCAGUUCAGUACAAUAAUCAAAAACUCGAUAGCACCCACCCUUUACGCUCCCCAGAAGGAAUAUGAGGUUAACCAGUACCGAUACAAGUCGGAUGGGGUUAAAGGAGCUGUCAUCGGUAUUGACUUGGGUACGACAUUCUCAUGUGUGGCUGUGAUGGAAGGAAAACAGGCUAAAGUUAUCGAGAAUGCCGAAGGAUCUAGGACUACACCCUCAUACGUGGCAUUCACCAAAGAUGGAGAACGACUCGUGGGUAUGCCAGCUAAGCGUCAGGCCGUUACAAACUCAUCAAAUACGUUUUAUGCUACGAAACGUUUAAUCGGCAGAAAGUUCGAAGAUCCAGAAGUGAAGAAAGACAUGAAGACAGUGUCGUACAAAAUAGUUCGUGCAUCCAACGGUGACGCCUGGGUUCAGGGUGGAGAUGGGAAGAUGUACUCGCCGAGUCAAAUUGGUGCUUUUGUGCUGAUGAAAAUGAGGGAAACUGCCGAGGGCUAUAUGAACACACCCGUCAAGAACGCAGUUGUGACAGUGCCAGCUUAUUUCAAUGAUUCUCAGAGGCAAGCGACCAAAGACGCUGGUCAAAUUGCUGGUCUCAAUGUCCUCCGAGUGAUCAACGAACCGACAGCUGCUGCACUCGCUUAUGGAAUGGACAAAACCGACGAUAAAAUAAUUGCAGUUUAUGAUCUCGGCGGGGGUACCUUCGACAUAUCCAUUCUCGAAAUUCAGAAAGGUGUUUUCGAGGUGAAAUCGACGAACGGAGAUACUUUCCUGGGUGGAGAAGACUUCGACAAUGCUCUUGUAACAUAUUUAGCUAAUGAAUUCAAGAAGGAUCAGGGAAUUGACGUAGCUAAGGAUGCGAUGGCGAUGCAGAGACUGAAAGAGGCGGCGGAGAAAGCAAAAAUUGAACUUUCCAGCUCCUCACAGACUGAUAUCAAUCUCCCUUAUCUGACAAUGGACGCCAGUGGGCCAAAGCACUUGAAUCUCAAACUGUCUCGCAGUAAAUUCGAGAGUUUAGUUGGUGAUCUCAUCAAGAGGACGAUUCAACCAUGCCAGAAGGCUCUUUCAGACGCUGAGGUAGCUAAAUCCGAAAUUGGAGAAGUUCUUCUUGUUGGUGGAAUGACUAGGGUACCCAAGGUUCAACAAACAGUCCAGGAGAUCUUCGGAAGAACGCCAUCGAGAGCAGUCAAUCCUGAUGAAGCUGUUGCUGUGGGAGCCGCUGUGCAGGGAGGUGUUCUUGCUGGUGAUGUCACUGAUGUUCUGUUGCUCGAUGUCACUCCAUUAUCUCUAGGUAUUGAAACACUUGGUGGUGUGUUCACAAGAUUAAUCGGUAGAAAUACAACAAUUCCAACGAAGAAGAGCCAAGUAUUUUCAACGGCAGCUGAUGGACAGACCCAGGUGGAGAUUAAAGUUCACCAGGGUGAGCGUGAAAUGGCCAAUGACAAUAAACUACUUGGACAGUUCACACUUGUUGGUAUUCCACCAGCUCCACGUGGAGUUCCACAGAUCGAAGUCACAUUUGAUAUUGAUGCCAAUGGAAUUGUUCACGUGUCAGCGAGGGAUAAGGGAACUGGCAAAGAACAGCAAAUUAUUAUUCAAUCGAGUGGUGGUCUGAGCAAGGACGAAAUUGAGAACAUGGUGAAGAAUGCCGAACAGUAUGCGAAGGAGGACAGGAUCAAGAAGGAACGUGUUGAGGCUGUAAAUCAGGCAGAGGGUAUCGUCCAUGAUACUGAGGCUAAGAUCGACGAAUUCAAGGCUCAGUUACCACAGGAGGAGUGCGACAAAUUGAGGGAACUCAUCGCUAAAGUGAGAGAAGUUCUUGCUAAGAAAGAUGAAAUGGACCCAGAGGAGAUCAAGAAACAGAGCAAUGAGCUCCAGCAGGCGAGUCUCAAGCUCUUCGAAAUGGCAUACAAAAAGAUGGCUGCUGAGCGUGAGGGCAAUCAGGCAGGUUCACAGCAGCAGGAGCAGCAGCCGGAGGGUGAGAAAAAGGAGGAGAAAAAUUAAGCGCACUUCUUAUUGUUACAUAACUUGAAAUUUAUUGAAUGCAGAAUGCCUCUGAAUGACUCCUUCCACUGUGAAAAAUUAUUUUUUUUUAAAUGUUUUUCUCUCGAGAAUUAAUAUGUAAAAAAAAAAUUUUCUCAGUGUUUCGCUCGGCUGAGCCGAUGAAUGCCCUCAGGUUUUCACGUUCAUUCCUAUUUUCGAACGAUCGAACAAGAUACUUCAAUAAGUGAUUCAUUUCAAUCUCAUGUGAAUUCAACGAAUGUUGUUUUUAUAUUUUUUUACGGGAAUUUGACGACAAAUCAUUAAUUUUCACGAGAAGAAAGGGAAAAUAAAGGGCCAGAAAUUCUACGGAGUUGAAAUUGCCAAUGGAAAUACUAUUUUCGUAAAUAAUACGAAAGGAAUUUAUUCUUGAUAAUUUGUUGUGCAUUUCCCAGCAAUGAAGUUGAAAUGAUUCAUUCUGAGUGCGAAUUAACUUGAGCAGUUAAAAUUUAGAGUCCACUGUUAAUUAACAGAGUAAAACAUACGAGUCAGGAGACCAUAAUGAACGCGAAUACCUUAUUUUAUCGCAAUGCUAAAUAAGAUCGGCUUAAUUAGCCAAAGAAUGAAUUCAAAAAUUUUCUCAAAUUCAUGUGUGUGAAGAAUCGGAAUGUGUGGGUGGAUGUGACGUGUGACUGAAAAUAAAUGGUUAGGUAGAUUAAGGAUUAAAUAGAAAAGUCUAUAGAUUACGGAAAUACUGAGUAACAGAAAAAUAUUAGCAAUAAUAAUGAUAUGAGGAUAAUAUUGUUAUAAUAUAACAGUAGUAUCUCCAUUUUUUAUUGUCCGUAGAUUUAGAAGAACAUGGCUCGUUCCAGGUGUUUUUCUUUCCCUUUCGUUGUAUUGUUUCAAUAAAAAAAUUGUGUAAAAUAA